UUAGGAUUCAACCAAAUACUCUCCAAAUUUACUAGUAUAUGCUUUGGACGCUCAGCAAGCCUCAGGUGGAUAGCACUCGACAUUUGUUCUUGUGUCCUAGUGACUUCAUCGACUGUCACCGGACCCAGCCAGUUCGCUCCACGGCUACAUCGGAACUUCCACAGCCCGCGAAUCUCGCCGUUGUCAGGGCGCGGUUGCCAAAAGCCUGAGCGUUCCGUGACUUUUUGCUUCAUCCA